AUGAAUUGUCAAUCCCCCUGCACCACUUUCUUACCGCAAUUUGACUAUGGAAUUAGUCGAAAUACGUUGUUCCUUCGUCACAACGAUACCCUCCAUCUCCUCGUGCCCGCCCGUGGCUUCUUAAAGAACGACAGUGGUCUCCAAGUGAUCGAAGCACACCCUCGCAAAGGUUACGCAAUGGUUGUGCAAGCUCCACAAUUGGAAGUCCAGGAUCUGGACUUUGAGCCAUUCUCGAACACCUUUUCUGGUUUGUUUGGCGGGCUUCCGUUCGCCCUAAAUGAUCAGAAUUCUCCGGACUUUGACCGCGCUACGUAUGAAACGAGCUACAAUACCCAUAACUAUACGAAUUUGUCUGUGUGGGAUGAUGAUGACAUCGAGGAAAUUAUGAUGAUCAUGCCCAAAAAAUUCCCCUCGACGCUUUCUACGAUACCAGAGGACCUGGAACCGACCUUAGCUAUCACACAUCCCCCUGCGCUGUCUGAUUUUGAAAUUCUCCAGCCUCCUCAAGUCACUCGCAAAUUGAUUACGACAACCCAUUGCCGGAACCGUAGCACAGGGAAGCUUUUCACUCUCAAAUCCAAGCGGGUGGACUCUCAGGCAGUUUCCCGGUGGCCUGAACAUUUUUUCUUGGAAUAUAUGCGCGAUUUUCCCUCGACCCAGGUUCGAACUGUAUUCAUCCCAUAUCUACAUGCGGUGUUUCAAGAGGGGGAGCAGAUGUAUCUGGUUUUGUUUUAUAUGCUGAUUAAAGCGGCCUGGAAGGAUCCCGAACCUACGCUCACCUUGCGUGGUCUUGUUAGUAGGCAUGAUGGCUUUCUGGUAGCGGAAGUCGUUCUGUUCUACGCUUCCGAAAUCGCAAUGGCGAUUUCUACCCUCCACUCUGCAGGUAUCAUGCACAGGGAUUUGAGUCCCUUGAACGUGAUGAUCGAUGGCGAAGGACACAUCCUUUUGACGUGUUUUGAAUGUGCGGAAUUCUUCGGUCCCUCACGGAGCUUCUUGAGUGGAAAUAGGCUCGUGGCAGAGUCGGAAACCAAGGAUUAUCAUGCUCCCGAGAUCUUGCUGGGAUGGGGACACGAUUCGACUGUGGAUUGCUGGGGUUUUGGGAUGCUUUUGUAUUUCAUGUUACUUGGGACGCACCCCUUUGACGUUGUUGAAGCCGACGACCAUCAACUACACAAGGAAAAGAUUCUGCAGGGCUCAAUACCGUCCGAGAUGCUCUGCACUGUUGAGUUUAGAGCCAGGGAUUUGAUCUUGAAGUGUUUGGAACGGAAUCCUGUUGGGCGGCCCGACAUUGAAAGGAUCAAGGAACAUCCAUACUUUUCACGAACAUCCUGGGAGGUGGUGGCUUCGAAACGUAGCGAAGUGCCUAUUGUCCCACAAUCUAACAGCGGCCGAACUAUAAACGAGACGAACACGUUGAAGAGAGCUGCGUCUUUGACACCUUUCAGGUCGACCGUGUUGGACUCAAAUCCUUCUCUGAUCGACUGGAAGACCCAGACGAUCAUUCCUCAGCUUCCUGAGAUUUUCCAGUCUUCGAUGUCGAUUCUGCCCAUCCAUGAAAACGAUUCUUUCUCUCCCAUACCCGCUCAAGCGUCGUGUGUAGAAGAUGCUGGAUUGGACGAAGAAGAGGGCACAGAGGCCAACUCUACCGAGCGCAGAGCACGUUUCUGGGAUGCGUUCGACAGGGAGCUCGAGGGUUCCUUGGACACGAACAGAAACGUCGACCGUGGAUCAGUCAUCUCGGUGAACAUCAUUUCUGGGCCUACGAAGCUACGCCGUCAGAAGUCCCUGAUCUAUCCCCAGCAACUCUUAGCAAGCUUGAGCACGACGUCCCUCCAGAUACAGCACAAACUUCGGAAGAGGAGGAUGGCGAAGAGUAAGACCAAGUCAACGAGUGCUUUGCGGCGACAAGAGCUACAGGAGCUCGACUUGCCGGUUGGAAUUGAGCAAAUCGGUAGUGGCAUUGGGUUCACUUAUAAUUUGCCCGUUGUCACGGUGUCGAGCAAGGCUUCGAUCUGUACCUCAGUGCCGAGAACGUGCUAUGGGAGGGCGUUACAGCAACUCGGGCUUGGUGUUGGUCUUGGGUUUGAUAACGGCAACAGGAGCAUCAAGAGGCACGGGUGCGCAAAGAGAACGAGCAAGAUUAGGACGCAAGAGGGGGGACAGCGGCAAGAGAGUAAGAAGCCAGAAGAUUCGAGUUCGAGGCAGCAGCAAGAUUCGAGCUCGAGGGAGAAACAGCAGGAUUCGAAUACGGUCGAACAGCAAGAUUCGGAUUCGAGGGAGCAGCAAGACUCGAAAUCGAGGCAACAAGGUUCCAAACCGGAGCAGCAGCAAGGAUUGAAGUCAAACUCAACGAGGAGGUUUUUGAAGGAGAUGUAUAGGUGCCCAAGCUGGAUUUUGUCUACUCCUUUUGGUGUCCCGUCUCCCUUGGCCCUUACGGUUGCGACCUCUGGGAAUGAAGCUGCUAACGUCGGAUUGAAUGGGGACUUAGAUCCGGCCUCGGAGAUCCUGUUGGACAUAGCUGCGCCAACACCAGCGGACGGUGUGUCGGUUCAUUCAAUUUUAACCUGGGAUUCGACGUGGGACGGAGACUUACACUUCGACGCGACAUCUCCUGUGGCUAAUCUGGAUGCGACAUCUUCUGGUUCAAGCUCAGACGCGACAUCUCCUAGGCCAGGCUUAGAUGCGGCCUCUCCAGGCUCAAGCUCAAAUGUUACUUCUCCAGGUUCAAGCUCGGACCCAACCUCGCCCGCGUCUCUCUCACAAAACUCGGAUGACGACACUGGCCCUUUCACACCUAUGACGAUCGCGUGUGCUGAGGAAGCGAGUGUUCCGAAAUCUGUUGAAUUGGCGGUGGACGGCGAUGGACACAUGGAUGUGGUCGAUCUGGAGUCGACGUUGCGGCUGGUCACCUCGUCAGGACUUCGUUUAUCUUUUCUCGGCGCGUGA